AGUCCAUAUACGGUCAUUUGUGUCAGAAUCGUUUGAGUUCACUAAGAUGAAGCAUUUUAUUUUCACAUUCACGUGUAUAUGGCUGAGCCUAAGUGCUACAAAAUGUUUGUCUCAGGUUUUGCCACGGCAACCGGAGGGACAACAAGUGCCAUGUUUCUUCAUAUUUGGCGACUCACUGGUUGAUAAUGGAAACAACAAUGGGAUCCUAACACUUGCUAGGGCUAAUUAUAGACCUUAUGGCAUCGACUUCCCACAGGGUCCUACCGGUCGCUUCACCAAUGGUCGAACCUUCGUCGAUGCAUUAGCUCAACUUUUGGGUUUUCGAGCAUAUAUUCCUCCAAAUUCAAGAGCAAGGGGUUUGGAUGUUCUAAGAGGAGUGAAUUAUGCAUCUGGAGCAGCAGGCAUAAGAGAAGAAACAGGCAGUAACCUGGGGGCUCAUACAUCAAUGACUGAGCAAGUGACAAACUUUGGAAACACAGUGCAAGAAAUGAGAAGGUUGUUUAGAGGAGACAAUGAUGCACUUAAUAGCUACCUAAGCAAAUGUAUAUAUUAUUCAGGGUUGGGAAGCAAUGAUUACCUGAAUAACUAUUUCAUGACUGAUUUUUAUUCAACUAGCACUCAGUACACACCUAAAGCUUUUGCAUCUGCUCUUCUUCAAGACUACGCUCGCCAACUAUCUCAAUUGCAUUCAUUAGGGGCAAGAAAAGUGAUCGUUACAGCAGUUGGUCAAAUUGGGUGCAUACCAUAUGAAUUAGCACGUAUUAAUGGUAACAGCAGUACUGGAUGCAAUGACAAGAUCAACAAUGCCAUCCAGUAUUUUAACUCAGGUCUUAAGCAGUUAGUUCAGAAUAUAAAUGGAGGGCAGCUUCCAGGAGCAAAGUUUGUGUUUUUGGACUUUUAUCAAAGCAGUGCAGAUCUAGCAUUAAAUGGAAAAUCAAUGGGGUUUGAUGUCGUAGACAAGGGAUGCUGUGGUGUUGGAAGAAACAAUGGACAAAUCACUUGUCUUCCAUUACAACAAGUAUGUGAAGAUCGUGGGAAAUAUUUGUUUUGGGAUGCUUUCCACCCAACUGAGUUGGCCAACAUUUUACUAGCCAAAGCAUCAUACAGUUCACAAUCAUACACUUCUCCCAUUAAUAUCCAACAAUUGGCAAUGCUUUAGAAAUUCAAUUUGUGUUUCAUAAAUGUCCAUGGUGUACUUUUCUUAUAAAAAUGUUUUCAUGUUUCUUAAAUUUCCUUUGUCCGCGUAUGGGUUGAUAUUCUGUUGUAAUAAUAAUACAACAUUGAUGUUUCAGUCUAACUCUAAUCAUUUAUGAAUAAAAUCAUGAUCAUCUGUUUUAA